ACACGCAUGACCCCUACCACGCCACAGCAACCUUAUGAAGGAAAACCACAAUUGUAGCAUACUCGCCAUUUAUGCCGCCUAAUUUGUUCCUUUAGCGGGUUUGGCAAAAACUUUACAUUCAGACCAAUCGUCUUCUCGGAGUUGUGUCUUGUAGCCAAUCAUAGCUCCGGCAGAUGUUGUUGAUCCAUCCAUAGAUCGGCUGAGCAGUUUGAAUCCAGACUGCUCGAUUCACGCUACCCUGAUCCCUCACGCUGAUCGUGGCGUCCGCGCCGGUCGCGUGCAUUAUUUGGAACAGAGGUGACCUAGGAGGGGGGUCGAAAACGUCGACAGGGCAAGUAGACUUUAAUUUUCCUGAGCACCAUAAGGCAAGGUAAUGGAAGGUAAAUUUUCCAUCAGCAGAAUCACCUCAAACGCCAUGUACGCUAUUUUCAGUGAAAAACGAUCCCAUGUGAUGUUAUGGUCAUUCUACUACAAGCUUGUAAACAAUGCGUGGAUGCUGCAUUGAAAAAAUGUACACAUCGUCCUAUGCACCAGAUAAUCACCCUUAGUCACCCUCAGAUAUCUUGCACAAGAGGGGUCUGUGAAAAGCCAAAUUCCCUUCAUAGUUAUAUGUUAUUGAAUUGGUUAUCAGGUAUUUAUAACCACUAUUUCUUCACAAUUAGACCCUAGCUUUUGCUAUCCUUGCCCAAACCCACUGCCUACCAGAACCAAAAUGGUUAUUUUCAAUUUUAUAUGAAUACAUGCUACUGUGAAUGCUGCAAUCUUGUAUGCUUUGUGGGCUCAAUCUACCAGGACACAUAACCCCUGGGCAUACCCAUCUCCAAGGUUGGGAAGAUCAGAUUAGGUUAGGUGAAAGUGGAAUAUAGGGGAUCAACCCACCUGAAAAGUUUUUUCAAUGAAAAUAUCAAUGUUUUAGUUUUGAUGUUAUAUGUCCCUUUCAUCAUGCAUUGUGCCAUCCACUGCAAUACCCUUGGUUGUCCACCAUAUCUGCUAUGUAGUUGACCAAGCAUGAAAAUGCAUACAAGAGUUGACCAUGGACACACUGCACUGAACCAAGCAUCACAGUUCAUCCGGGCAUGAACAAUGCAACUUGAAAUAACUUUUCAGAGUUAUUUUUCCCACAGGUAACAAGUGCCACCUCAGGAUGUUUAUUACUCAGCUGGGUCUCACACAUAUCACAUCCUGACAGCCAACAAGUGACCUGAUUGUCCACUUGGUACUGCCAGAGAACUGAUGAUGGGCAGCUGCAUGGCUGGGUGACCAGGCUGGUGCAGGCUAUAUGGCUGGGCACCAGGUGCCUGACCAGACCAGGCUGGUGGAAGCUAUAUGACUGGACACUAGGCACCUGACCAGACCAAGCUGGUGCAGGCUAUAUGGCUGGACACCAAGGUGCCUGACCAGACCAGGCUGGUGCAGGUUAUAUGGCUGGACACCAGGUGUUUGACCAGACCAGGCUAGUGUAGGCUGUAUGGCCAGACACUGGUGCCUUGCCAGAUCAGGCUGGUGGAGGCUAUCUUGUGCACCAGGUACCCAACAUGGCUGGUGCAGACCAUAUAGUUUGGCACUAGGCACCCAACCAUACUGGUGCAGAUUAUACAGUCAUUGUCACAUCCAGCAUCAUGAUAUCCAGAAGGGCACCACAAUAGUAGUGUCACAGCGCGAGCUGAUUGGGCUGGCGUUCACUGUGAUGAUAUCAGUUCUGUCAUAAGUUAGGGCAAUUGUUUCCCUUUUGGGCCUUAUUUAUUUGUGCAGUUAAUGUUAUGGUAAUGCUUUGCUCUACAGUGCACUACACUUGUUCCUGUUUGGGCGCUAUAUAACCAUGCAGUCAAAGUGCCGGAAAACUCCAAAUUGCUGCCACUAUAACCAGUUGGUGUUCAACAGCACCGCCUUAGCUGUCGUUGCCUUGGAGGAAAGCCGUGGAAUGGCCGGCAUCAGUGGCCGGCCAUCACAGCAGAACAGGGUGUGAUAUGCGUGCUCUAUCUGCACCGUGGUGCAGUUGGAUAGUGCGUGAUCCAUAUUUCAAGUCGGUCGGGUGGAGCUGCAGCUGGACCCGACCAGUUGUAGUGAGAGGACAUCAGAGAUGCGUGACGUAACUUCCCCGCAUAGGUGUGGCUGGACCUGACCAGGUGUAGUGACAGGAUGUCAGAGAUGUGUGACGUCACUGCUCUCCGCAGGCGGCGCUGGACCUGACUGAAUGUAAUGGCAGGACGCCUGAGAUACCCUGCGUAGGUGUGACUGGACCUGACCAGGUGUAGUGACAUGACGUCAGAGAUGCGUGAUGUAACUGCUCUCCGCAGGCGGCGCUGGACCUGACUAAAUGUAGUGACAGGGUGUCAGAGAUGUGUGAAGUCACUGCUCUCUGCAGGCGGCACUGGACCUGACCAGGUGUAGUGACAGGACGUCAGAGAUGUGUGAAGUCACUGCUCUCUGCAGGCGGCGCUGGACCUGACAUGUAGUGACAGGACGUCAGAGAUGUGUGACGUAACUACCCUGCGUAGGUGUGGCUGGACCUGACCAGGUGUAAUGACAGGAUGUCAGAGAUGUGUGACGUAUCUACCCUGCGUAGGUGUAGCUGGGCCUGACCAACGGCCUGGACAAUCAGCUGCCUGAUACACAGGUGAAUCACAUGGUGGCUAACAUUACAGGCCAGAAGCUGGAGGCUGGAGAGCGGUCCCUUCGAGCCGAGCUGGACGAGACCAGACGCCAGGCCGGUGACACAGGACGCAUGAUCCGGAGUGCCACGGACAACGCUGCAAGGCUGGCUGACGAGCGAGAGCCCCCGGCGUCACCGGAGAAGCGGCUGGCGCGGCCCCGGAUCUUGGAGGUCAAACAUGGCAGGAGCCGGGACCCUUUCGAAAGGGUACCGGCAGAGGUCCUGCAUUACAUCCUCUGCUACUUGACACCAAUAGAGGUGCUAGAAGUCCGGAGAGUGUCGCGCCGCUGGCGGGCAGCGGCAGACGCCAACCUGACGCGGUGUCGCCACCUUGACCUCACCUGGGACGACGUGCGAGAUGUCAGCGAGGAACGACUGGAGUGGCUGCUGCGCCGCCUGCCGUCCCUGCGCCGCCUCACCAGCGGGCGUCCUGUCUGGGCAGACAGCAUCAAACAGACGCUGUCCGUCGAUAUGAUCUCCCGGCUCCUCGGACACCUGCAGGAGGUGGACUUGUGGUACUUCAGUGUCGACCCGCAGUCGCUGGAGAGGCUGUGCGCCAGCUGCCCUCAGCUGGAGCAUGUCCAUCUGCCGGAGGCGUGCACGGAGCCGUGCCUGGCGGCGCUGCUACGUCACCUGCGCACCCUGCGACGGCUGGACAUGACGCGCGCCGACGUGCGAGGGGCGUGCCUCUCACUACUGCCCGAGUCGCUGGAGGCGCUAUCUGUGAGCAGGUGUGACAACCUGCCGUCGGCCUGCAUGCGCCAGCUGACCCGCUGUCCUCGGCUGCGGGAGCUGAGCGUGACACGCAUGGAGACGCUGCAGUCGGCGGACCUGGCGGCGGGCCUGGCCGGCUGUCCACGGCUGGAGAGCUUCACCGUGGCGGGGUGCUGGGGCACACAGUCGACCUUUCUGCGUCAGCUGUCCCACUGUCCUCGGCUGCGGGAGCUGGACUUGUCGUACAUGCCUGAUGUGCAGGCGGCAGACCUGGCAGCGUGUCUGGCUGCAUGUCCAGACUUGGAGAAGUUGACAGUGACCGACUGCAUGAGUAUCCAGUCGGCCUGCCUGCGCCAGCUGAAUCGCUGCCCCCGGCUGCGGGAGCUGGACGUAUCCCGUGUGAGGGGACUGCAGGGGGCAGACCUGGCGGCAGGUCUGGCCGGCUGUCCGCAGCUGGAGAGGCUCACAGUCACCGGGUUUAAAGACCUGCAGUCGGUCUGUCUGCGCCAGCUGGGCUGCUGCUCGUUGCUGCGGGAACUGGACUUGUCAAAUGUGCUGGGACUGAGGACGGAAGACUUGGCUGCUGGCCUGGCCGGCUGUCCACGGCUGGAACGGCUGUCUGUGUCGGGCUGUGAUGAUCUGAAGUCGACCUUCCUGCGUCAGCUGACCCGCUGUCGUCGGCUGCGGGAGCUGGACGUCUCGUGGGUAAAGACGCUGCGGGCGUCGGACCUGGCGGCCGUGCUGGCCGGCUGUCCACGGCUGGAGCGGCUGACGGCGGAGGGGCUGAAGCCGGCGCUGGCUCUCUGCCUGCCGCCGGCCAUCCUCCCCUCCCUCCGAUGUCUGAACGUGUGCUGGUCCAGCGCGGUGUCCGGCACGAGUCUGGAGCUGCUGUCCGUCCUGCUACCUGGCUUGCACACGCUCAAGUUGCGCGGUUUCGCGGUGCAGCGGGCUGACUUGUCCGGGUGCCUGCUGGGCGUGUUCGCGAGGAUCCGCGCGCUCAGCCUGACAUCGCCGGGCAGCGCGACGGACGCCGCUCUGCGCAGGCUGCAGGGCUUCCGGCUGAAGCGUGUGGACCUGUCCUGGUGUUAUAACUGCUCCGAGGAGACUGUCACGCAGCUGGUGCUCGCCUGUCCGUCGCUGACAGUGCUGGGGUGGUGCUGUGACCAAAGCCGGACCGAGGCCAUGCUAGACAGCCUCUCGCGCCACCUGCCCCCGGAUCGUGACGUCACGCUCGAGGUGGAUGGAGGGCUGCUGCCUGUUCUGCCGCGGCUGCCGCCCGGCCCGCUCCGCGUGAGGGAAAUGUCGGAAUUUCCAUGAUGAACACUGCGUGACCCGGCGUGUCGCGGUGCAGUCCGGUCCAGUACUGGCACGCCACCGGCCGACACGCCGCAGCCGCGUGUCGCCGGCCGACCGACGCGCGCCCUCCACUGCCGACGUUACCUGCUGCCACACGCUGUAGACGUGCUGUGCGGCGUGACCGUACCGUUUCGACACGGGCCGCUGCGCCUGUGUGCUCAGAGCCGCAGCUGGCUCGGGAUUGACGUGUUGAACAGCGUGUCUGUGCGGCCGGAGCUGGGUGGGAGUCAGUUGUCGACAGGCGGCUUGUUGGCGAGGUCUGACUGCGUCCCAGCUGGCCGCCAGUGGAGCGUCUGCACUUUGCCACCCCCAGUUGGUGGGUGAGACUGUGGCCGACCGGCGCUCGGUCUGGGCGCUGGCGUCACCGGCUCGUCCGCAGACGUUGGUUUACUGCCCCUGUGCUGAUCUUCGGGCCACCUGUCAGCCACACGCGCGCUGGGAGCGUGACGUCUGAUGACGACAUCACGCGCCCGUCGUCGCCGCUGUGGCGGGGGAGACGCUUACUGCGUGAGCUCGCUUGCUGUUGUGCUUUCCGAUAUUGAUUAAGGCUGUGAUGCGAUCGGGUCUGUGUUUUGUAGAUAAUGAUGCGUAUGCGUUUGUUCAACCUACGGCAUCUGCCAUCCGUUGGACCACACCAUGUACAUACGCCAUUUAUGGCGCCAUGCAUUCAGUAUGCGCUUUUUCAUGAGCUUAACAUUGAUUGGCUGGCUCACCAGCUUGACGUUUGGUUAGCUGCUGACGUUGAAUGCAAUGCGUAAGAGAUGCAUCGACUUUCUAAGUAUUUUGUGGUUUUAAAUACCCUAUUUUGUACCUUUUACUAACCAAUCGGUCGACUUUGUCGCUCACUAUGAAAACUCCUGUGAUGUUCUCCGCCGUUAUACUCGCGAAACUGUUGCAAUAUAUUUCAUA